AUGAGACCAAUUCUUUUACAAGCUCAUGAACGUUCGUUAACAAAAAUUCGAUACAAUCGUGAAGGUGAUUUAUUAUUUACAUCUGGUAAAGAUAAAAUUCCAUGCGUAUGGUAUUCGAUAAAUGGUGAACGUUUGGGUACGUAUAAUGGACAUAAUGGAACAGUAUGGACAAUAGAUGUUAAUUGGGAUACAACAUCAUUUGUAUCAGCAUCAGCUGAUAGUAGUGUUCGUGUUUGGGAUGUACAAACAGGACGUGAAAGAAAUUCGUAUACACUUGAAGCACCAGCACGAUGUUGUGCAUUUAGUUAUGAUGGAAAUAAUAUUUUAUAUACAAAUGAUGAUGUUAUGGGCAAACCUUGUGAAUUGUAUUUGACUGAUCUUAGAAUGAGACCUAGUGAAGGUCCAUCAGCUCGUAUAAAUGUUUCACAAUUAGGACAUCGUAAAGUGACAAGUGCAUUAUGGGGUACAUUAGAUCAAUUUAUAAUAACUGGUCAUGAUAAUGGUGAAUUAGUUCAAUGGGAUAUCAAAAUGCAAGAAGAUAUACGUAAAGAAAAACCUCAUCAAUUCCAAAUUAUGGAUUUACAAACAAAUCGAGAUUUAACAUUUUUAAUUUCAUCAUCAAAAGAUUGCACGGCUAAACUUUUUGAUGUUGAAACAUUGGAACAUUUGAAAACAUAUACAACAGAUCGUCCUGUUAAUUCAGCUGCUAUAUCACCAAUUAAAGAUCAUGUUGUACUUGGUGGUGGUCAAGAAGCUAUUGAAGUCACACAAACUGCAGCUCAAUCAGGAAAAUUUGAAGCUCGAUUCUUUCAUUUAAUAUUUGAAGAAGAAUUUGCACGAGUAAAAGGUCAUUUUGGACCUAUAAAUACUGUUGCUUUUCAUCCUGAUGGCAAAAGUUAUUCAAGUGGUGGUGAAGAUGGUUUCGUACGAAUACAUCAUUUUGAUAAUGAUUAUCUCGAUUAUGAUUUCUAA